AUGAUGGUUAAUUAUGCCAUCGACUUGCUGAAAGCCCAUCAAAUCCGUCGAGAAAAUGCGUUCCUGCACGAGGAGCUUGCAACUUUGCGUAAAGAGAUGCAAGACUUAAAGGCCAACCGCCUGCUUGCCAUCGAAAAUGAGAUCAAACCCAUCAGGGAAUCAACCACCAAAGCCUCUGCUCUCGUGGAAAGGCAUGAAACCACUCUCAAAGACCAGGCUCGUGAGAUACACACCAUUCAGCAGUCCCGCAGAGCAAUGCAAACCGAGAUCUCAGACACCAAAGCGUCAUACCGCGAGAUAAAGGAAACCCAACAGACACACCUGGCGAAUGUCGAGAAGCAGAUUGAAGCAGUACGUGCUGCUUGUCAAGACCGAGCUACGGCACAACAACGACAUCAGCAUACCCUAGAUUCUCUCGAGAACCUGCAAAGCGCUCUUGAUGGCAAGGCAGAUGCCGCAGCUGUCAAUCUGCUGGAGACUCGCAUAAACAAACUGUCGAGUGACCAAAAUGCCGAUGCUGUUGCAGUCGACUCAGUCAGCCGCGUCUCAGAUACUGCGGAGCGCAGGUGCUCUCUUCAUGACCCAGGUACACAUCCAUCGACUCAGACAGAUCAAAAUGCAGCUGACCUCUUCGCAGUUGGGUCGGUCCAAGUUCAGGAUUCCCAGUAUGGAAACCACCCAUGCCACGAAACCCUCGGCCGUCUACCCCCCAAUCAACCUCGAGAGAUGACGGUGCCUGAAGAUCUCGACCUCGAUGACAACGCACAUACCAUCAGCUAUGCUGGCCAUGGGUGCCAUGUACCACAACAGAAUGACUCUUUGAAGAUGUUGUCACCGUCCACAGCGCAAGCUACACAGCUCGCCGAGAUCAAAACGCUCCGACAGAGAAGAUUUGACGGCUGGGAUGCCUACUACAACCAAGGACAGAAACUUGUCCAAGCCUUGCCGCAUAACUUCGAAGGGGCAAUCGUGCGCAACUUUGUGGACGGUCUCUUCAAGGACACUCAUAGAAAUCAAUGUCAGCAGUGGCUCGAUUCGAGUGGAUGGACUUGGGCCAACGUUACCGUCUUUGGCAAUUUAUGUUCACAGCUUCUCGCAGACAACGCAUCAAACGAAGCAGUGGAGACGGAGACUUCGGCACGUCCACGACAGAUAGGAGCGAUGCUUGCUGCAGCUGGCAAAUGCGAGCAGGGUGUGGACGGUGUGAAAAGCAAAAAAGGGAGCAAAGGCAAAGUAGCACGGGUCAGAGUCGAUGCACCGCUGCGGCGAAGCCAACGCGUGGCUCAAAAACAGAAUGUCAACCGUUCCCAUACAGGACAACAGCCCGAUGUCAAAUCGAAAGGAGCUUCGCCCGUUCACACAGCAGAUCAGGAUAUGGCCCAGGGAUCAAAACUCGAGACCAAACCCGGCAAUGUCUAUGCUGGAACGCAGAGACAGCCGCAGUCUGACAAUGCCGCCUCCCCAGAAAGCCGGUUUCAGAGGGCAGGUGCAAAAACCCGAGAGGUAACGGACAUUGCUCAGCCGACAAGGGGUACGGCAAUCUCAGCAGAGCAUCACAAAAGCCACAAGAGACAUGCCGCCGCGUUUGAAGCUGGACAGCAAGCCAAGCGACUGAAACCUUCGACGGCGAGGGCUGUAGACCAUCACGAUAUCUCAGUCCCUCAGCUUGUUUCAUUUCGUGAACGAAUCGAUAAGUCCGUGGAAGAGAGCAGCAACGACGAAGUGUUUUUGUAUAACAAAAACUUCUCCAAACCUUCAAUUCCCGCGAAAAGAGACCGACGGACAGGGCACAGUAAAAGAGGACUACCUCUGCCACCGCCACCAGAAAUCCCUAUUCUGCCUACCACAGACGAAGAGUAG